AUGUCUAACGGAGAUGUUCGAAAGGUCUCCUUACAGGAUAUACAGCUGGUCCAAAAUCUUAUCGAAAGGUGCCUUCAGCUUUACAUGAGCCAGAGUGAAGUCGUGAAUACCCUAUUGCACCAGGCAAAAAUCGAGCCUGGUUUCACCGAACUUGUUUGGCAAAAGCUUGAAGCCGAAAACCAGGAUUUUUUCCGAGCAUAUCAUCUGAGACUAAUUGUGAAGGAGCAGAUAUUGCGAUUUAACCAGUUGCUUGAGCGACAGGUUGCACUUAUGCGCCAAAUUAGUCAGCCUGAAGUUGUUUCCAUUUCUCACUCGAAUGGGUCCCAAAUUCUACCAACGCACAAAAACACAGCAUACCAUUCCCCAAAACCUUCGGUACAGUCGAUAAAGCCAGAAAAUCUGCCCCAACAACAAGUCAUCAAUUCCAUUCCUAAUAUAUACACCAAUGGUACAGCCCACAUGCAACAGCCCAUGCACGUUGCAGUCAAUGUGCCAACGGGUGGGCCAGAAAAUAUGCUAUUGGGCCAAGGCCCGAAUGUGGGCUUGAUGCAAGGAUUGAAUGGGGGCCCGGUAAAAGCGGAAUGUGGCUACACAAGCGAUCAUCCCCCGCUCAUUUUUGGAGCUGAGAAUAGUCUCUUGGAUCCUCAUAACGCAAUUGGGGAUGCCUCGAGUUCUUUUAAUGGCGGGGAGUCGAGCUCACAGGCACUGAACGAGAUUUUGGACAAUGAGACGAGCUCAUUCGGGAUUUUGGGACAGAUGCCUCGAAACUUUAGCUUAUCGGACUUGACGGCUGAUUUUUCUAACAAUAAUGAUAUUCUGAGCUAUUCUCGAUCUCCAUUUUUGGGAACUGGUGCAAACUUCUUGGAUCCUCAUAUUGGGGGAGGACAGCAAGACAUGAGGAGGAGAGACUCGGUAUCAGAUGCUUUUAGUUACGAUGAUUUUGCCAGUGAUUGA